AAAAAAGAGGAAACUCUGCUGCGAUCAUUGUGCAACACUGGAGCCGAAAAUCUUCCGAGGUUGCUGUUGAUUUGAUUGCUAUUAUCGCUUAGAUUAAAAGCCUGAAGAAAAGAGUGAAUGCAUUCGGAAUAAUAGAAACAGUGGGGAGAAUCCCCUGCGUUUGCUGAGCGUGAGGAUGGAAGAUUAUGAUUACUUAUUCAAAAUUGUGCUGAUAGGAAAUGCAGGAGUGGGCAAAACCUGCCUCGUCCGACGCUUCACUCAGGGGCUGUUCCCUCCUGGACAAGGUGCCACCAUUGGAGUUGAUUUCAUGAUUAAAACUGUGGAAAUAAAAGGAGUGAAAGUGAAGCUCCAGAUCUGGGACACGGCUGGGCAGGAGCGGUUCCGCUCAAUUACCCAGAGUUACUACCGCAGUGCCAAUGCCCUCAUUCUCACCUACGACAUCACCUGUGAAGAUUCCUUCCGGUGCCUUCCUGAGUGGCUGAGGGAGAUCGAACAGUAUGCCAACAACCAAGUAGUGACAAUCUUAGUAGGGAAUAAGAUAGACCUGGCCGAUAAUCGAGAAGUCCAUCGGCAGCGAGCAGAGGAGUUUGCGGAGGCGCAGAGCAUGCUUUAUCUGGAGACCUCUGCCAAAGAAUCGGACAACGUGGAGAAGCUCUUUCUGGAUCUGGCCUGUGAACUGAUCCACGAGGCCAAGCAAAACACAUUGGACAACAACGACUCCACUCCCAUGCCUGGAGAAGGGAAAAACAUCAGUUACUUGAGUUGCUGCAGCAUAAACUAGUAGACUUGGCCACUCUGUCUGGCUGAGGGGGCAACAUGGAUUGCAUACAAAGCUGUUGUAUUGUUGGUAACCACUAUGUAUUUGCAGUGGUUACUCUUUUCAACUGUUGUUGAAAUCUACAUCUUUUACCCUUCUUAAAUCCCUGGGUAUUUUAAAAUAUUUGGGAAAAACAUGAUAUCAAGAUGAUGCUGCUUUUAGAGGUGAUGCUUUUGGCAAGGAAAAUGCCUUGGUACACAACAAUUCUUGCUGAUAGGUCAGAUAAAGGGAUUUUCUAUACUUCUGUACAAUGCAACUAUUGGGAUUUCCCUGCUGUCUUGAGAGCCAAUGUAUUUGUUGGUUAAAAAAAAAAAAAAAAAACACCGGGGAUUCCGGUUUUCAUCAGCAGUCUUACCCACUUGAAGGACAACUUUAUCCAAAAAUAAGCCUUCUUUCGUCAUUUAUUCACCCUCAUGUUGUUCAGAACUCAUAUUACUGACUUUUUUUCUGUUCAACACAAAAGAAGAUGUUUUGAAGAAUGUUCACAAAGCUCUUUUCCAACCGCAGGUUUCCAGUGACCAAAGCAGUCCACGUGACUUGCAUUUUAUAUCCCAAAUCUUCUGAAGCAUUAAUGCUUAUGCGUUUGGAAUUAAAUGAGGGUGAGUAAAUGAUGACAGAAUUUUAAUUUUAGGGUGAACUACUUCUUUAAGACCCAUCGCCACAAAAUUCAUCUGUUGGUGUGCACAUUUAUUAUUCGCACAAAAUGCACUUCUUGAUGAUUGCUUACGAGAUUGUUUGAGGUUGCUUAUGCAUGCAUGUUUUUUUUUUUUUGUUGUUGUUUUUUUUUUUAUGAAUAAGUCAGUAAUGUAAAGAGAUGGCCAGCUCCCUUAUAUAAACUUUGACAGAAAGAUGUGAAGUAAAACAGCCAUUUUAGAUCCUCAUUUAUCAGGUAGUCAGCUUGUAAGAAUAUAAACUCCCCUUACUGCUUGCAUGGGAGUCGAAAUGUCAUGUUGAGAAGUCAUCAAAAACCCAAUGUGCCUCUGCCGUUUACAUCGUCAUAUAUCACAUCGCACUGGGGAAUCUAAUUUUUUUUUGAAUUAUAUGUAUGAAUUAGAUUUAUUGCAUUACACUAAUAACAUUAUUGUUCAUAAAAUAAGCUAAAUUUUCCUUUCAACAUCCUCCACCCCCUCCUGAUUUUAAGGUAAAAUUCACUGCCAUUCAAAAGUUUUUUUUUUUUUUUUUAAGAGAUGAAUACUUUUAUUCAGAAAGGAUACUUUGAAUUAAUCAAAAUUGACAGUAACAAUUAUGUUACAGAUGAUUUCUGUUUCAAAUAAAUGGUUUUCUUAUGAACAAAGAAUCCUGAAAAAAAAAAAAAAUCCACAAAAGUAUUAAGCAGCACAAUUGUUUUCAACAUUAAUAACAAUUAGAAAUAUUUCUUUAUCAACAAACCAGCACCUAUAAUCUGUUUGUGAAAGAUCAUGUGACACUGAAGACUGGAGUUAAAAUAUUUCAAAAUAUUACUAUAAUUUUUUUUUUUUUUUUUUUUUUUUUUUUUUUAAAUACAUGCAGCCUAGGUGAGCAUAAGAGACUUCUUUCAACUUCGACUUACUUUCUUUCAGUGUAUGGCUUGUUCUUGACCGGUUUCAUGAGAUCAUCCGCUCUAGAAAGAGGUUUUUACGUAGUUGCCAAGUUCUAGACAUAGUUCUUUAAUAUCUUUGCACAUUGUACGCAAAAAAGAAACAAUGAGCUUAUAAUGCACUGUCUAAAAUGCUUAUUUCAUUCCACAAGUUUCUUUUCCAAGGAUUACUCCGAUUCCAAUUUGGAAAUAUUCUGUCCAUUUACACAUUUGAUCUGUUAUCAGAACCGAUAUAUACCAGGAUGCUUUGUAGUUAAUUUAAUCCAGCUUUGGUAUUUUAGUAACCGUAGCGAUGUUUAAAGCUUUUGGCACUUAAAGCCAAGAGAACAGUGUGUGUGUGUGUGUGUGUGCUGUUUGUGUGAAUGAGAUGUAUUCAUAGAUGUUUCGGUGAGUUCUUGCACAAAAAAUGGUCUUUGUGUUCCAAUGCAUCAUAUUAAGGAAAAGAUGGAGUAGUUUAACGGUGUGAUACAGUGUGAUUCUGAUUUGGUUGGCCUUUCUCUGUUCUGGAGCUGUGUUGUGCAUUUUAAUGACUUUUAAACAGUUGGAACUUGACGUUUGCACCUGUUUCAUUACAAAGGAACUGUGAAUCUCCUCUUUUGUAGACUUUCAGUAUUUUACAUGCUGCUACAGAGCUUUUUCCUCAAUUUCUUUUUUCUUUUAUUUCUUUUCUUUUUCUUUUCUUUUAACAAAAUUAACAGAACUACAACUGAGGUUUUAGAUGCCUUGUGCAUGGGAAUAUUUGUGAUGAACAUGAUUUAGUUAUUUUGUGUUGAGGUUUUUUUUUUUCACAACAAAAUGUAUUCACUAAAACACUAAACAGCGUUUAACUUGAGGACCAAUUGUUUUAGCUUUUUUUGGUUGUCCCAUGCCAUUAACUUUGCAAUAUAAUGCAUUUUCCUCAUAUUUACACAUAGCUGCUUAUAUGAUAUUAAGCUUUUCUAUUAACAUUUUAUUUUAAAGUGAUAACCUUUUCUAGUUUUGUAUAAACAGUUUUCUUUCUAUGUUACUUGACGUGCCAUGCACAGUAUUUUCUCUGUCAGGUAUUUUUGUUUUACAGAUAUAUGCCAUAUUGUAAUGUUGCAUUGUGUACCAAUGGGACUCUCUAGAAUUAUUUCUUUUCUAUGUUAAAUGCCCUAAUUUCCAGCAAAGUAUACGUAUUACUGAGCGCUUACUUUCUCUGUAUGGACAAUGCUAUUAUGACCAUUUCAUUAUGUGAAAUACAAUAUUCAUCAGUGA